GUUUGUUGAAAUGAUAAUGUCAAUAAACUACUCAAAAAGCUGUACAUGUAGAGAGGGAGACUUAUAGGUAAACAAGAGUGCAGUGUGACACAGUUGCUGAUAGGGCUAUGUACAAAGUGCCAUUAGGACCCCAGGAGAGAGAAAGUAAGUUAAGCGUGUCAGGAACCCUUCAUAGUGAAAGUGACUUUUGUGGAGCUUCUUAAAGGAUUGUUAGGAGUUAGUUAGCUAGAUGAGAGAGAAAGAGAGGAAGAGGGAGAUUGAGAAAGGAAAAAGGCACAUCAAGCCAAGAGGGAGACAAAAGGCUGUGAGGAUGUGGAAGCAAAAGAGAAUGUGGUGAGUCUAGAGAAUGGCAAAUCAUCUGGUUCAGAGAUCUGUUGAGAGGAGAGAUGGAAGAUGAGUCUGGAGAGGUCAGCAGGGGCCAGAUCAUGAAGGAAGGGCCUUAUACCUAUACUGAGGAAUAGUGACAUUAUCAAAUAUUCAGAGGGAAAGGGACCUCUGAGAUCCUUUGGCCUCACCUAAUUUUGUUGCAGAUAAGAAAACUAAGGCCCAGAUUGCUUAAUGAUUUGACUAAGGGCACUUAGCUAGCAAGAAACAUAACCUGCAGUCAUUAAUAUGUUGGCCAAAACUUGUUAGCUCUCUCCUGAUAUUGACUCUUACAAUUUGUAUACUUUUUGGUCUGAACAUUGUUGUAAAAAGAAAGCUUCUAUUUAGGUUAAUAAGGCGUGGCAUGCUGCCACAUGCAGGGCAGUGACUACGUGGGUGGGCACUGGGCUGUGUACCAACACCAACCUGGAAGAAAGCAAAAGCUCUAACAAUAUUUUGUUUUUCUUCUGGUUGGCUUCUCAGCAUUUAAGAGGCCAGAACACACAAGUCGCUGGUGAUGACAGACCCUGUGUUGGACUCACAGCCAACCAACAGCACUGGGGAGAUGGAUGGACUGUGCCCUGAGCUAUUGCUGAUCCCUCCACCUCUCUCUAACCGUGAAAUCCUGGGGCCCAUUCAGAGCCCCUGCCCUUCUGGGGACCCCACCCCUUUGCCUACUGAUCCAGGCUGCCUGCUGGUAGAGGCCACAGCAACUGAAGAGGACCCAGGGAACAUGGAGAUCAUUGUGGAAACAGUAGCUGGAACCUUGUCCCCAGGUGCUCCUGGAGAGACCCCAGGUGUCCUGGUAAAGGUGGUGGAGGUGUACUUCUGUGAGCGCUGUGAACAGAGCUUCGCAGAGCCCACUCUGCUGGCCCUGCACCAGUGCAGUGAGACCCAUAUACAACCAGUGCAGGGCCUCUCUAGCCCCUCGUGCUCUGUAGAGCUGCCCCCCAGCAACCUUAACCUCCCUGGCUCUCUGCAGGCCCAGAGCCCGCCAGAUAGCCCCCUGCUAUGCCCUGUGUGUAGACAGGAGUUUGCCCAACCCCAGGCCCUGAAGAGCCACUUCAAGAUUCACCGGGGCACUCCCGACACCUUCUCCUGCCCAGAAUCUGGCUGUGUGUUCUCUGCUGAAGAUCGCAAGGGUCUGCAGCACCACCUGAGGCAGACCCACAGAGCAGUUCCUGUGCCCUGUUCUUUCCGUGGCUGCCCUUUGCUUUUCGGGAGCCAGCAGGGCAUGGAGCUGCACCGGCAGGCCCAUUACCCUUUCCACUGCAGCCAUUGCAGCUUCAUGGGCUCCAACAUCAAACUCUUCCGGCAGCAUCAGUGGAGCCAUGGGGCCGGGACACAGGAAGAACAUUCUGCCCUUCAGGGCCUUUCAUCGCAGGAGCUGCUGCCAGCUCCCAAACUGCCUCCAGGAGAGAGAGAACCUUCAGAGGAAGCAGGGACAGCCUUGCCUGGGCAGGAGUCAGCUGAAGAGGAAGAUGUAGAGGAAGAAGAGAAGAGUGAGACCCAGAAGGACUCCCAGAAGGCCCUGGACAAAGGCCAAGGGGCUCAGCAUUUGGAAGGGGAUGUGGCUUCUGGUACCGAGUCCCUCUUCAAGACCCACAUGUGUCCAGAGUGCAAACGCUGCUUUAAGAAGCGGACCCAUCUGGUGGAGCACCUGCAUCUCCACUUCCCAGACCCCAGCCUCCAGUGCCCCAACUGCCAGAAGUUCUUUACCAGUAAGAGCAAACUCAAGACCCAUCUGCUGCGGGAGCUGGGUGAGAAGGCCCACCACUGCCCACUGUGCCACUACAGUGCAGUGGAAAGGAAUGCACUCAACCGCCACAUGGCCAGCAUGCAUGAGGAUAUUUCCAACUUCUACUCAGACACCUAUGCCUGUCCUGUCUGCCGUGAGGAAUUCCGCCUCAGCCAGGCCCUCAAGGAACACCUCAAGAGCCACACAGCAGCAGCUGCAGCAGAACCAUUACCCCUUCGCUGCUUUGAGGAGGGCUGCAGCUAUGCAGCACCCGACCGCAAGGCCUUUGUAAAGCACCUAAAGGAGACCCAUGGAAUGCGGGCUGUGGAGUGCCGCCAUCACUCAUGUCCCAUGUUGUUUGCCACAGCUGAAGCCAUGGAGGCCCACCACAAGAGCCACUAUGCCUUCCACUGCCCCCACUGUGACUUCGCCUGCUCCAAUAAGCAUCUGUUCCGUAAACACAAGAAGCAGGGCCACCCUGGCAGUGAAGAGCUGCGCUGCACCUUCUGCCCCUUUGCUACCUUCAACCCAGUGGCCUAUCAGGACCAUGUAGGCAAGAUGCAUGCUCACGAAAAGAUCCACCAGUGCCCUGAGUGCAACUUUGCCACUGCCCACAAGAGGGUGCUCAUCCGACACAUGCUGCUUCAUACGGGUGAGAAACCUCACAAGUGCGAGCUGUGUGACUUCACGUGCCGAGAUGUGAGCUACCUAUCCAAGCACAUGCUGACCCACUCCAACACCAAAGAUUACAUGUGCACUGAAUGUGGCUAUGUCACCAAAUGGAAACACUACCUCCGUGUGCACAUGCGAAAACAUGCAGGGGACCUCAGAUACCAGUGCAACCAGUGCUCCUAUCGCUGCCACCGGGCUGAUCAGCUGAGCAGCCAUAAGCUGCGGCACCAGGGCAAGUCUCUGAUGUGUGAAGUGUGUGCCUUCGCCUGCAAGCGAAAGUAUGAGCUGCAGAAGCACAUGGCUUCCCAGCACCACCCUGGCACACCAACCCCACUUUACCCCUGCCACUACUGCAGCUAUCAGAGCCGCCACAAGCAGGCCCUGUUGAGCCAUGAGAACUGCAAGCAUACCCGCCUCCGUGAGUUCCAUUGUGCCCUCUGUGACUAUCGCACCUUCAGCAAUACCACCCUCUUGUUCCACAAGCGCAAGGCCCAUGGCUAUGUGCCUGGGGACCAGGUCUGGCAGCUCCGCUAUGCCAACCAGGAGCCAGAGGGGGCCAGGCAGUGCCCAACACCCCCACCGGACUCAGAGCCCUCAAGCCAGCUGUCUGCCCAGCCUGAGGGGCCAGGCCAUGAUCCUGGCACUGUAAUAGACUCCAGCUUGGACCAGUCCCUGCCAGAGACAACUGAGGAGGUCAGCACUGAGAAACAGGAUGGCAGUGAGGCUCCCCAUGGGAAUGACCUGGUUGGCAACCCCAGCCCAGCGGAGGUAGAGGAGGGCAGCUGCACGCUACACCUAGAGGCCCUGGGAGUAGAGCUGGAACCUGUAGCUGAGCCACCUCUUGAGGAAAUCACUGAAACAGCCCCUGUAGAAUUCAGGCCCCUGGAUUCCUCAGAGCCCCUGGGACUGGAAGCACCAGAGCUGUCCAGCUUUGAAAGUGUUGGGACUUCAGGCUUGGGUGCUGAAGAAAAUCCCAUUCUAGAGAAGCCAAUCUCUGAGCCCCCUAGAAAUCCUCCAACCUCAGAGGAGGCCUCUAAUAGCUGGGUGGGAACAUUCAAGGCAACUCCACCUGCUGAGACAGCACCCUUGCCCCCAUUCCCUGAGUCAGAGUCAUUACUCAAGGCCCUAAGGAGGCAGGACAAAGAACAAGCAGAGGCAUUGGUGCUGGAGGGGCGGGUGCAGAUGGUAGUGAUCCAGGGAGAGGGACGAGCUUUCCGUUGCCCACAUUGCCCUUUUAUCACUCGCCGGGAGAAGGCCCUGAAUCUGCACUCCAGGACUGGGUGUCAGGGCCGCCGAGAGCCCCUGCUGUGUCCCGAGUGUGGGGCUCGCUUUAAGCAACAACGUGGCCUCAGCACCCAUCUGCUAAAGAAGUGCCCUGUUCUGCUCAGAAAGAGCAAGGGCUUGUCCAGGCCAGAUUCUCCCAUGCCACUGCGUCCUCUGCUCCCAGGUGCCCAGGCCUCAGAGGACACAGAAAGCAGAAAGCCCCCACCUACACCGCUAGAAGUAGAGCUACUGCUUCCAAAAGAUGCUCCUUUGGAGCUUCCCAGGGAGCCAGAAGAAAUAGAGGAGCCUCUUGUCACACUCUCUAGCUCCCCAGUCCCUCCUACAGGAAACUCCUCACCCACAGAGACCCCUGAAAAGUACCACUUUGAGCAGGGCAAGUUUCACUGCAACUCAUGCACGUUCCUUUGUUCUCGGCUCUCCUCUAUUACCUCCCAUGUAGCUGAAGGCUGCCGGCGGGGGAAUGGUGGGGGAGGAAAGCGAGGGGCCUCCCAGACCCAACCUGUUGUGUCCUCCUUGAGCAAUAGAGACUCCGCUCCCCUGAGCAAUGGGAGUACAGAGUCCAGCCCUAGUGAUGGGGACACAGCUGUAGUUCAAAAGCAGAAGGGAGCUCGCUUCUCCUGCCCGACAUGUCCAUUUAGCUGCCAGCAGGAACGGGCUCUGAGGACUCACCAGACCCGGGGCUGCCCCCUUGAGGAUUCUGGAGAACUGCACUGUGGCCUCUGCCCAUUCACUGCUCCUGCUGCUGCUGCCCUGAGACUCCACCAGAAGCGGAAGCACCCCACUGCUGCCUCAGCCCGCGGCCCCCGGCCCCCUCUGCAGUGUGGGGACUGUGGCUUCACCUGUAAACAGAGCCGUUGUAUGCAGCAGCACCGGCGACUCAAGCACGAGGGGGUGAAGCCACAUCAGUGUCCUUUCUGUGACUUUUCCACUACCAGACGGUACCGGUUAGAAGCUCACCAAUCCCGACACACAGGUGUUGGCCGCAUCCCCUGCAGCUCUUGCCCCCAGACAUUUGGUACCAACUCAAAACUGCGUUUGCACCGGCUAAGGGUACAUGACAAAACACCCACUCACUUCUGUCCACUUUGUGACUAUAGUGGCUAUCUUCGCCAUGACAUCACUCGCCAUGUCAACAGCUGCCACCAAGGCACCCCAGCCUUUGCCUGCUCCCGAUGUGAGGCCCAGUUCAGCUCAGAGACAGCACUUAAGCAGCAUGCUCUGCGCCGACACCCCGAGCCUACACACCCUGCCCCUGGCUCUCCUGCAGAGGCCACUGAGGGACCCCUGCACUGCUCCCGCUGUGGGUUGCUAUGCCCCAGCCCUGCUAGCCUGCGAGGACACACCCGUAAACAGCACCCACGGCUCGAGUGUGGGGCCUGUCAGGAGACCUUUCCUAGCCGACCAGCACUGGAUGAGCACCGGAGGCAGCAACAUUUCAGCCACCGCUGCCAGCUCUGUGACUUUGCUGCCCGGGAGCGGGUGGGCCUAGUGAAGCACUACCUGGAACAGCAUGAGGAGACAUCAGCAGUGGCAGCGGCCUCAGAUGGGGAUGGGGAUGCUAGCCAGCCCCCUCUGCGCUGCCCCUUUUGUGACUUUGCCUGCCGCCAUCAGCUAGUGCUAGAUCACCAUGUGAAAGGGCACGGGGGUACCCGUCUCUACAAGUGUACUGACUGUGCCUACAGCACCAAGAACCGGCAGAAGAUCACCUGGCACAGCCGUAUCCACACUGGGGAAAAGCCUUACCACUGUCACCUCUGUCCCUAUGCCUGUGCUGACCCCUCUCGCCUCAAGUAUCACAUGCGGAUCCACAAGGAGGAACGGAAGUACCUGUGCCCUGAAUGUGGCUACAAGUGCAAGUGGGUUAACCAGCUCAAGUACCACAUGACCAAACACACAGGAUUGAAGCCGUAUCAGUGUCCUGAGUGUGAGUACUGCACCAACCGGGCUGACGCACUGCGUGUGCACCAAGAGACACGGCACAGGGAAGCACGGGCCUUCAUGUGUGAGCAGUGUGGCAAGGCCUUCAAGACGCGCUUCCUGCUGCGUACCCAUCUUCGCAAGCACAGUGAGGCCAAACCCUAUGUGUGCAAUGUGUGCCACCGUGCUUUCCGCUGGGCUGCGGGCCUGCGCCAUCACGCCCUCACCCACACCGACCACCACCCCUUCUUUUGCCGCCUUUGCAGCUACAAGGCCAAGCAGAAAUUCCAGGUGGUCAAGCAUGUGCGCAGGCACCACCCGGACCAAACUGACCCAAAUCAGGGUGUGGGCAAAGACCCCACCACCCCUACAGUGCACCUGCAUGAUGUGCAGCUGGAGGAUCCUAGCCCUCCUGUUCCUGCCGCUCUACCCACUGGACCUGAGGGCUGAGAGCCUACCUCACCUCCCGGAGAGCAAGAGGAUGUGGUCCAAGAUGUGUAAACUGGGACCAGAGCUGGCCUGAGGAGCUCAGGGGCUAAGAAAAGACUGGCUUUGGGGUAUCAGGGUGACUGGAACCCUCCUGGAACUCUAGCUAUAGUACUUUGAAAUUAACGGCUAUAUAAGAGAGAGACAUGGAUCACAACAUUGAUUUCUUGUUGAGGCAUACUGUGUUUAAACCUGUGAGUUCCCAGUUUCUUCACCAUCGCUCUAUCAUAGUCCUGGGCUAUAAGAACUUGGUUUUACCCACUCUAUCUUCUCUUCCCUUCUUAUUGUGUCAAGUACUAUUUUCUUUUAGCAUCUUCAAAACAGCUGUAUCUGACUGCAUGUGCUAUUGUGCCUAAUGCUCUAUAAAGCAUGUUAAACAGAAAAUGAUUACUAGCUUAUAGAAUCAUCCAAAUCCCUGUCUUAACAUUUCCAAUCUGUCAUCUUGAUCUGGUCUGUCCCCUCUCAGACCUCUGCCGCCUCUUUGUCUCCAUCCAUCUUUACUCAGUGAUUGAUUCUAAAACAGGCCGAGGUCUGUAUUUCUGUCCUUGAGCCCGUCAUGGUCCUUGCCUUCCUCCCUGCUUCAAGCCCCUUUGUCUACCUACAGAGGAAGGAUUGCCACCCACUAAGCCUCCUUUUGGAGGCAACUUUAAUUCAACAUAAAUCCUCACACUGGCUCAGCAGCUGUGCUAAGGUGUUAAAACACAAGGAUAGUGUGAAAGGCAAAUGAUUACGGAGGUAAAUCUCCAGAAUUAUAUAAGUACCUCACAGUAUAAUUCUAUAGUGCUUCACUAUAUGGGUGAUCAUCUAAACUGGGACACACUGGGAAAAUUAAAGGGGGUACUAUUAAUAAUUAUUCUGGGACAAUGGACAUUAACCAGGACGAUUCCAGGCAAAUUCUUCAGAAGGGCUGGGACCACAUAACCUUUUGUCUCUUCCUUUUGCCCUGCUUCUUAAAAGUUGUACUCUGUGUCCUUCCUAUGUAGCACAUGCAGGAGGUUCCCUGGAAACCUCUUUGUCCACCUUUUCCCUGUCCCACCCAACUACCCAGGUGUCCACCCAACCCUUGUACCUCCCCUUCAUGCCUAACAAUAACAGACCAUACUCAAGCCAAAUUGGAGAGAGAAGCUGCAUUUAUACCAGUGGGGCUAAGAUGGAGCGGUCCAGUGGGGACUCUGUGUGGCGCUCAGUGUUCUCUUGAGAGUCAGUACAGUUCUGCGGUUAGGUCUCCUUCCCUGACCUUUGCCUAGGAAGCCUUGAGAUUUGAUUUAUCCUUCCCUUGGCUCUGGGCUUUGAGGAAGUCAGGCAUGGAGGGGAUAAUGCAUCUUUAGGUUUCUCUGCGCCACACACCUCUGGAUUUCUAGUUGCAGUCUGCUUUCGCACCAGAGUUGAUGGGAAAGAUUAGUUGUAGAUCUGGGUGUGGGGUUGAGCCUACAGCAAGACGAAGGCAGAACUCCAGUAUAGAAUCUAGAAUCCACAAAGGGAAAGGGCAGGAGAGAUAACCACAAGCUUGUGGAAACAAAGGAAGGGAAGAGAAAGAAGGUGAAAAAUCAGAUGCUAGAUUUGUUUGUUAGAGAGGAGGAGGUAAUUUUGUGCCUAGGAAUGCACAAUCCAUAGCUUGGUUUUCAUCACCUCCAUUUGCUCUCUCUGGAGAAUCCUUCCAGGUUUUUCUCACUAUCUAAAGCCAGCACAUUCACCCUUCUCAUGAAGUGCCUACCUCAGGAUUCAUCCUCCUCCAGGUCUUCCCGGAUACAGAUGUACACAAAGAUGGAAGCUGGGUGGAGGCUGGUGCCAUCCUUGGAGAGCAGGUGUAUGUGGCGGUAACCUGGCAAAGGACAGGAGAAUAACAUCAGGAAGGCAGCCAGAGUUGGGGUGUUGGCCAGGGGUCAAAGGGCUGGCUCACCUUGUUGCAUGCAUGUCCAUGGCAGGGUGUACUGACCAAUAAAGUCAUUUCGGGA